CCCUCGCGCACGCGCAUUGCCGCUCGCCGCGCCGCCUAGUCGAGCUCGGCCCGGCUCCCGCCCAGGCGGCGGCAGACGCGACGCCCGGAGCGCCCGUCCCCAGCCCCUCGCCGCCCGGCAGGUUUGCUUUAGCUGACGGCGCUCCCCACCUGCGGCUUCUGCCUGGAGCUGUGAGCUCCCCGCUGUUCCCCGCCCGGUGGGCUUCAGAGCCAUGGCAACCGAGGAGAAGAAGCCGGAGACCGAGGCCGCCAGAGCGCAGCCCGCCCCGUCGGCGGCAGCCACGCAGAGCAAGCCCACACCUGUUAAACCCAACUACGCGCUGAAGUUCACCCUGGCCGGCCACACGAAAGCUGUGUCCUCGGUGAAGUUCAGCCCGAACGGGGAGUGGCUGGCGAGUUCGUCUGCAGAUAAACUCAUUAAGAUUUGGGGAGCUUACGAUGGAAAAUUUGAGAAAACCAUAUCUGGUCACAAGCUGGGAAUAUCAGACGUGGCCUGGUCGUCAGACUCUAACCUUCUCGUUUCUGCCUCAGAUGACAAGACCCUAAAGAUAUGGGACGUGAGCUCGGGAAAGUGUCUGAAGACCCUCAAGGGACACAGUAAUUACGUCUUUUGCUGUAACUUCAACCCCCAGUCCAACCUCAUCGUCUCGGGCUCCUUCGACGAGAGCGUGAGGAUUUGGGACGUGAAGACAGGGAAGUGCCUCAAGACGCUGCCCGCGCACUCGGAUCCCGUUUCAGCCGUUCACUUUAACCGGGACGGCUCCCUGAUCGUGUCGAGCAGCUACGACGGCCUCUGCCGGAUCUGGGACACUGCCUCGGGCCAGUGCCUGAAGACGCUGAUCGAUGACGACAACCCACCCGUGUCCUUUGUGAAGUUCUCCCCGAACGGCAAGUACAUCCUGGCCGCGACCUUGGACAACACGCUGAAGCUCUGGGACUACAGCAAAGGGAAGUGUCUGAAGACGUACACCGGCCACAAGAAUGAGAAGUACUGCAUAUUUGCGAAUUUCUCUGUCACUGGCGGGAAGUGGAUCGUGUCGGGCUCGGAGGACAACUUGGUUUACAUCUGGAACCUGCAGACGAAAGAGAUUGUGCAGAAGCUGCAGGGCCACACGGACGUGGUCAUCUCGACGGCCUGCCACCCCACAGAGAACAUCAUCGCCUCGGCCGCGCUGGAGAACGACAAGACCAUCAAGCUCUGGAAGAGCGACUGCUAGGCCCGCGGGCGCGGGGCUGUCGGGACGCCCAGCCGGGCUGGCGAGAGCUCGGUGCUCGAGGGGCUCCCUGGUCCAGGCCUGGGGACUGGAGGCGCCUGGGCCUGCGCCGCCUCCGAGGACGGCUUGGCCGAGGGCCGUGUCCCCCGCAGAGGUUCUCGGAGCUGCCGGUGGCGAUUCUUGCCAAUGCCUGUCUUGUUGGCUGGGGAAGAGUUAGAGUCUGUAUUGUGUUCGGAGGCCACAGAAAUUUCUAAUUUUUUAUUACAAAAGGUGAAGUUCAAUUUA